CAUCUACCAGGUUGUUGAAAUAUGGCCAAACAUCAUCCUGAUUUGAUCAUGUGCCGUAAGCAGCCAGGAAUUGCUAUUGGACGAUUGUGUGAGAAAUGUGACGGGAAGUGUGUGAUAUGCGAUUCUUACGUGCGUCCAUGUACACUUGUCAGGGUUUGUGAUGAAUGCAACUAUGGAUCAUUUCAAGGUCGAUGUGUCAUAUGUGGAGGAGUAGGAAUUUCAGAUGCUUAUUACUGCAAAGAAUGCACUCAGCAGGAGAAAGAUAGGGAUGGUUGCCCCAAAAUUGUUAAUUUAGGGAGUGCCAAAACUGAUUUAUUCUAUGAACGUAAGAAGUAUGGUUUUAAGAAAAGAUGAAGAUGGUGGAUUCUUCCGUUGUAUUUCUAUUAAAUUUUUUACUCGAUGUGUGCCAUGAUCAGAUAUUAUCUCAUAAGAUGAGAACAUGAGAAGUUGUGCAUGUAAACUUUUAUAUCGAUACAGUUAUUAUUUGUUUAGUUAGCAACUAUCAGUUAUUGUUUGAUUA